UAACGAUUGCCUAUAUAUACCCACACAGUAGCACAAACACUCAGGCGCGAAGGCAUAUCCAUCUCCAAAUUGUGGCCGAAUUCGUACUUCUCCUCGAGCAGAACGCAUCUGAAACGAGAGGAAAAAAAUGGCGAUUACAGCGGAGGAUCGGUCGGAGAUAGCUUUCUUCGACGUGGAGACGACGGUGCCGACUCGAACGGGUCAGGGCUUCGCGAUUUUGGAAUUUGGGGCCAUUCUUGUUUGCCCCAGAAAGCUCGUGGAGCUCCGGAGCUACUCAACCUUGGUCCGGCCGGCGGACCUCGCUCACAUCACCUCUCUCUCUGUCCGGUGCAAUGGGAUUACCAGGGACGCCGUCGUUUCAGCGCCCACGUUCGCAGAUAUUUCUGAUUUGGUCUACGACCUUCUCCAUGGAAGAAUAUGGGCCGGUCAUAAUAUAUUGAGAUUUGACUGCUACCGUAUAAGGGAAGCGUUUGCUGAGAUUAACAAGCCUGCUCCAGAGCCUAAAGGAACUAUUGACUCUCUAGCACUCUUAACACAAAAGUUUGGAAGAAGGGCUGGUGAUAUGAAGAUGGCAUCGCUUGCAACAUAUUUUGGGCUUGGCCAGCAAACUCAUAGGAGUUUGGAUGAUGUUCGCAUGAAUCUUGAAGUUCUCAAGUACUGUGCAACUGUCCUAUUUUUGGAAUCUAGCCUUCCAGAUAUAUUCACGGAGAACAGUUGGGUUUCCCCAAAUGCAACCACAAGAAGCCGAAGUAAUGGAAAACCUUCUCGAGAGCCAAACGAGAGCACAACAUCAUCAUCUUCGUCAAAUGUGGAUGCCCAAAUUUGUUCUAUAGAGGCAAAUCAUUUAACACCAUCAAUCACAACAUCUAAAACCGACAAAGUAAAUUCGCCACAGAUCAAUUCAAAUCCUCCGAGUGUUAGCCCGUUCAAUCUGUCUGAUCUUCUCGUUCAAAUGAACGAGGAAUUUCUUCUAGAGAAAAACGACCUGGCGGCAUCUCACGAAUCCUCAAAUGCGGCAAACUGUGAGCAUCAAAAUGAAUUCUUGGAACCUGAUGAUGUAUCGAUACCUCUUAUAUCUGUAGCUCUCGUGCCGUUUUACCGUGGAACUGAAAAGAUACAAAUAUUGCACCAAAAUGGCCCGUUGCUGCUCGGUUGUGCGGGCCUGAAGGUUCGAUUUGGGAUCAAUACUAAGUUUGUAGAUAGUUUUGGUCGGCCUCGAUUGAAUUUUGUGGUCGAUGCUUCCCCGAGCCUUUGCAAGGUUCUUGAUGCAGCUGAUAAUCUUGCCCAGAAGCUGUCGAUCGAUUCCGGUAGCUCAUCUGAGUGGCGGCCGGUGGUUACAAGGAAGAAGGGCUUCUUCUACAACUCCCCCACCGUUCGCUUACCGACUGCAGCCGAUGGUGAAAUCACCCGAUGCAUGACUGAAAUUUACCAAACGGAUGAUUCGGCUGCCCUCCACGUCACCCCUUUCUCUAACGUGCGCGCCCCAUCCCCACCGUUGGCCCACGCGGAUCUGGACGGUCGGGAUCCCGACAGCUGGCUCGCGCACGUUAGCGCCCACUUCUGUCCUACCACCAAAAAGCAAGCUCGACGCCCCGCCCUUUGGAAGACUUUCACUGUCCUCCCCAAAAUAGUUAGUAGUCUAUAUGCGUGCGUGUAUCUGCGGAUUGAUCGACCCGGUGCUGCCCGGCCUGUGCUAACGUACGCUGGAUCGGAUGAAGCUGUAUUGUACCUCUUCCCCAGCUCGCAUGUGAAGUUAUUGAGUGUUCUUCAUCUCUUAGAAGUGAAGGGAUUUUGCGGGAAUCUGGUUGGUGGUUCGAGGGAGGGAAGUUUUUGUACACCAUAUCCAUUUGAUGAUUAUGAAUCGUGUGAGGUGGCUGAUUGGAACCCUAAUUUUGCAAUUGUAGCUGUUUUUGUGGGAGAGGUGGUUAAGAUGGAUAUGAGUGAGAUGGGGAAAAGCGGGGAUAGUUUCAUCGAUCGGAGUAAAGUUAGGAUCUUGCUGUGUGAUAAUGAUGAAAAAAGUUCUGAGGAAGUCUUCACACUUUUGUGUAAAUGUUCUUAUCAAGUGACAUCCGUGAAGUCGCCAAGGCAAGUGAUUGAUGCACUGAAUGCCGAGGGGCCAGAUAUAGAUAUCAUUCUCUCUGAAGUUGACCUGCCAAUGUCUAAAGGAAUGAAAAUGUUAAAAUAUAUCAUGAGGGACAAAGAGUUGCGCCGAAUUCCUGUGAUCAUGAUGUCCGCUCAAGAUGAGGUUGCUAUUGUUGUCAAAUGUCUAAAACUUGGGGCAGCUGACUAUCUUGUGAAGCCAUUACGUACAAACGAGCUCUUGAAUCUGUGGACACACAUGUGGAGAAGGAGGCGUAUGCUUGGAUUAGCAGAGAAGAACAUCAUAAAUUAUGAUCUUGAUCUGGUUGUCUCUGAUCCUAGUGAUGCUAAUACCAACAGCACAACGUUGUUUUCGGAUGACACAGAUGACAAGUCGCGAAAAGGCGUUAACCCUGACACGUGUGUUUCAACCCAUCAGGAGAAUGAGGCCCAUGCAACCACAAAUGCUGCUCCAAUACAAACUGCUUGUGGGGCCCCUUCAGAUUAUCAGCCUGAUGUGCCGGAAUUGAUCGACAGGCAACGAGGACAAAGUUCACCACUCCCAAAGAAGAAAGAACUCAGGAUAGGCGAAUCAUCCGCUUUCUUCGCAUACGUAAAAUCAUCCACGCCCAAAAGCAGCAGCACACACGACCCUUCCCCUUUGCAUGAAAACUUACCAAACCAAAGACAAGAAGAAAACAACAGAGCCCCCACGGAAAACCAUUACCAAAUCAACUCCAACUCGUUUUCCCUCGAAAAACAAUCCUUUACUACUACUCCCUCUCCACUAUCCACAGACGAAUUCGCACAACAACAACAACAACAACCUCAUUUCAUCUUAAGGAACAACUCGCUGCCCAACGAUCAUCUCUCCAAUCAUCAUCAUUACCCGCAUUCCGCCCCAUACCCUUACUACGUGCCCCCCGCCAUGAUGAGCCAGGUGGCAGCAGCUGCAGCAAUGCAGCCCGGUGGACCCCACAAUCACAUUAUGCCACCCUACCCUUAUUACCCAUUUGGCUUAUGCUUGCAGCCGGGCCAGAUUCAAUCGGGCCCGAUUCCGGGCCCACCUCAUCAUCAUCCUCACCAUCAAUGGCCUUCAUUUGGGAGCCCGUCUGUUGAGGGGACUGAGAAGCCGCCAGCAAAGAUCGACCGUCGGGAGGCAGCUUUGAUGAAGUUCAGACAGAAAAGGAAAGAAAGGUGUUUUGAUAAAAAGAUUCGGUAUGUAAACCGAAAGAAGCUUGCUGAGCGUAGGCCUCGACUAAGGGGACAGUUCGUGAGGAAGGUGAAUGGGGUGAUGAGUGUGGAUCUUAAUGGACAGCCGGCCUAUACAGAGGAUGACGAGGAGGAAGAGGAAGAUUAUGACGAGGAUGACCAUUCUAAUGUGGUUUUCUUACCCGAGGAUGAAUCGUGAUCGUGAUGCAGUUUUCGAUUAAUGAAGUUGACGUGGAUGAUGACAUGGGCGCCACGUGGGAUUAAUGGUUGGUGUUCAUACACUUUUUACAUAGGUCUUGGUUAUUACUUCAUUAAUUUUCAACUUAUGAGUGACUACUACAGAAUGACGGGGGUGUGUUGAUAUCUGAAUUUCGAAUAAUUGGACUCAUGAAUAUCAAGCCUAGUUUUGAUUUGCUAUGGAUUUUGGGGAUUCGUCUUUCUUUUUGUAAUGUGUUGUUAUUUGUAUGUUCUAAUAAGUUCUCUAUAAUUUUCUGUCAUGUUCCCAUCUGAGAAAUUGUAGGGGCUGUUUUCAGUUUAAAAUAUAUGUGUAAUUUCAUUUAUCAUUAAGAUCUCGAACAGGGUUUUUGAUUAAUGCUAUUGAGUAUUUGAGUUU